AUGUCCGACGCACACUAUGCCGUGGAAGAGGCUUCCAGAGACGAGGACAUUCCCGCUCCAACUCAUACUGGGAAAGGGCGUUACAAAACUCCUCUGUGGUUCGAUGACCAUAUUCAGACGGUAGAGGAGCUUGUGAAAAUUGAACCGAGAAUCACGGCUGUUGCAAACACAGAGGACAACAACGACCAGCCAUUGGAGAACUCUGUGGACCAGAGCGGAACCGGGUCUCAGGACAGCUGUUUCACUAUUAAACAGGAGAUACUGGAUGAUUUCUUGGAUAGCAUAGCAUCCCUUCAUUUGGCUGAUCCACGACAUUUGCCUCCAGGCCGACAAUGCACCAUCGCGCUGCACACACCGAUUCGACGUGGCUUCCAGUUCCUGGACGAGUUGGUCUUGCAGGCCGCUAAGGAGAUGCGAUGCUCGCUGUUAUCAUUCAGCCCUUAUGAACUUCAUGAUAUCUCUUUCGACUUCUGCCAUCAGGAAACGUCCUCGGCAGAGAAGCCUUCUUUCGGAGCAAUAGGAGUUAGCGACGCCUGGCCAUCGAACGCCAGGACAUUCGAGAGGCACUUGGCACGAUUUUUUGGCUUUAAGACGAUGCGAAAAACCAGUGAAGCUGACACGGAAAAUGGCCAAGAAGCUAUCAAUACCUUGUUCGACGCUGUAGGAGCAAAGACCGAGAGACAAGGCCGGCAGCGCUCUGAUAGAGAUCCGGAUCCUGAUCAAAUAUCAACGGAACCAUUGCAGCAAGCGAAGCCUUGGGCCACCCUUGUGUACCUGCGCGAUUACACCACUCUGGGUCUUGACCUACGGCGUAGGCUUGUUUGUCGACUGAGAGAUGCAAUUCUCAAGCGUAGGCUAACUGGUCAGCGAAUAACUCUCAUAGUCGGCCUCGCACACCCGGAGUCAAACCAAGACCUGGAGUAUAUUGACCAAAAACCCCCAUGGAAGAAUACUGAAUGCGACUGCACAGUAUGUAGUUGCGUUGGGGGACCGCUCGCUUGCAGUCGAGGCUGUGCAGUGUGUUUGACCCGAAUCAAACUCGAGGCGACUGGACAGCUAUCACAAUCCAUCACCCCAUUGGAUGUGCCAAAGAAUUGGAAGGAUUUGAAGAUUUCAAACUGGAGAGGCUCGCGGACUGCUGCACGGAUUCGGAUGCUCAAGCGGACACUGCACCGACAUCUUGCACACCUGGGUUCUUCUCCUCCCCUCCUGCUGGAUCCUGGGUAUAACUUGUCAUCAAUCCUGUCCGAAACCUGUCUGGACAUCUUUACAACUGAGUCGUGUUGGGAAUGGGACAAGGCAUUUGAGAAUAUGGUGUCGCGCAUCAUUGGAAGAUGUCUAAGAAAACAACAUGUUGACAUUACCGACAUCGAGUCGAUACUACAUCGAUUGGCAACUGAAUUGCAAGCAAGGAAUGACAAAGAAAACACUACGUUAUCGCCGGAAGACCAAGCUGCAAAGUGCUGGCAAGAAGAAUUGAGCUCGAUAGGAAGCAAUUGCACCGAAUGGGAAACUGUCCUUCUUCCUAAUGUGAUUAAUCCAGCUUCACUCGAAACUACUUUGAAUGAUGUGGUGUUGAAUCAAAAUGUUUUGACGAGAAUCACGACUCUUGUCAAACUGUCUAAACUAAAGCCGAAUGCCUCCUCUGAAGCGCUUCUUACUCAAAUGCGUGUCGCCGGUGCGUUACUUUAUGGUCCUCCAGGAACUGGCAAAACCCAUCUUGCGCGGGCAGUUGCGAAAAGUUCCGGGACCAAAUACUUGAUGAUGGUGGACGCUGCCACUGUCCUUCACAAAUGGCAGGGUCAGUCCGAAAAGGCAAUCGCCGCGAUCUUCUCUCUUGCGCGGAAGCUAUUUCCAUGUCUUAUCUUCCUCGAUGAGGCAGAUGCUCUCUUCUACAAACGAACCGGAGAUGACAAAAGUUGGGAACGAGCAAAUACCACUCAGUUCCUCCAGUCAAUGGAUGGUUUGCUAAAGCUAGAGAAUAUGCCAUUCCUACUCGCUGCUACCAACCGACCAAUGGAUUUAGAUAGUGCCUUUUUACGUCGACUUCCACACAAAGUUGCGUUCGAUAUGCCAGAUCAACACCCGAGAGCUCUGAUCCUGCGGUUGUUUCUAAAGGAAGACGAUCUUGAUAGUGUUGACAUUGAUGAUCUUGCAACCAGGACUGCGGGCUUCUCCGGAUCAGAUCUCAAGAACUUGUGUGGACAAGCUGCGCUUGAAUGGGCUUCAGAGCAAAGCCUAGAUCUGGAAGAGAGCGGCAAAAGUCCUAAGGUCCUUCUGAGCGACAGACACUUCCAUCGUGCACUCAGUAACACCCGUCCGACUGUGUCACAAGGUGAUCUCCUUCAGAUAAACACCUUUAAGCAACGCUAUAAUGCGAUGAUGUCAGCCUUGCCUAGCAGAGCAGAUAUCAAAAGCCAACACAAGUGA